AUGAAGAUAAUUAGUUGGAACUGCCGUGGGCUUGGGAACCCAUGGGCAGUGAGAGCUUUGAACAAGCUCUUGAAACAGCAAGCUCCCAACCUCGUAUUCUUAAUGGAGACGAGGAGAAAGACUGACGAAUUAAAUCGUAUCAGGAAUAGAGGAAGAAUGGGAAAUAUUGCAGGAAUUGACUGUGAAGGGGAUGGAAGAAGUAGAGCGGGCGGUUUGGCAGUUAUGUGGGAUAGCUCUAUUGUUUUGGAAGUAUCAUCAAUGUCCUUGAACCAUAUAGAUAUGAGGGUAAAAGUAGCAGAAGCUGGACAGCAGUGGAGGGUUACGGGGUUCUAUGGGAAUUCGGAUGCAGCCAACAAGCAAAAAUCAUGGGAUCUCUUGAGCUCGCUUGGUAAAUCUCAAAACAUGCCAUGGUUGGUUUUUGGAGAUUUUAACCAAAUCCUAGAACAGAAAGAGAAGACAGGGGGAUUGUCAGUUUCUUAUAGCCAAAUGAAAGGUUUUCAAGAGGUACUACAAAUGAAUCAGCUGCUAGACUUGGGGUUUGUGGGACACUCUUUUACAUGGACAAACAACCGACCGGGAGAAAUGAAUAUUCAAGAGAGACUCGACAGGGCAAUCGCAACAAUUGACUGGAAGGAAGCUUUUCCAGAGACAAUUGUAAGACACUUGCAGAGGUACAAAUCAGAUCACUGUCCUCUCUUAAUUGAUGUAACAGGUCAAGAGAACAAAAGAAGGAGGAAGAGGCCAAAUAUCUUCAGAUUUGAAGAAAUGUGGCUUCAAAACCAAGAGUGUAAAGAAAAAGCAUCACAAAGGAACAAAAGAAAUCGUAUAGAGAGGAUCACUGAUGAUGCAGGAAUUCUUUUUGAAGAUGAGGAGAAAAUAGAGGAAAUUAUAGUGAACUUUUAUGAGGAUUUGUUCAAGACCGAAGGGACAAUGGAAGAAGAACAAGUGGCUGCAGUGGUGGGAGGCAGAGUCUCGUAG